AUGGGAAAUGGUACUUUUUAUUUUAUAUUUAAUAAGAUGCUUUGAGCUCUUGUACAAAAAAACAAAAAUCCUCCUUAGUUUAAAGAGAAUCUAAUAUUACAAUAAGUAGAUAGUUCAACUCAACUAUGUGUUCGAUAUUGCAGGGAGAUAUAUUUGUGAGUGGAUUGAAUAUAGGUAUUAUAUUUGUCUAGUAUAGUAAAUUGUUCAUAUGAACCUGCAGAUUCUUUAAUUGUUAAACAGUAUUUUAUUUAAAUUGAUAGUUUAGAGAUCAGAAUAUUAAGAAGAGAUAGAGGGAUGAGAUCAGAGCAAGUAUAUUCUAUGUUCAAUUUAGUGCAUGUUGGAGAUGUUAUGUUAACAGAGAGAUAGAAUCUAUUCCUACUUCAUGCUAAAUUACCGAUGUAUUCCGAAAUUAAAGAUUUAUAAAAAGUAUACUCAACAUAUGAAAAAUGGUAUCUAACUCUAUGAUUUUAAGUUUGGAGAUUGCAGAUGAAAACAUUUUGUCUGAAAUCACAUUUACAGAAUAAAAUGCUUUAAAUUUUGCUAUUCCGAAAUAGUAUAACGCAGAAUGUUUAAUUAGAUGUAUCAUAAAUUAUAUUAGUUUGAAUCCUUAAACUAAUUUAAAGUAAAUAAAUUUUCUUAGCAAUGAUUAUACGACAGUAAAUUCAAUCAAAUAUUAUUUAAGAUUAACAUAUUUAAACUUGAAUUAGAUAAUAUUUUAGAAGAAAUGAAAUUGCCUAAUUUGGCAGAAAAAAACAGGAAAAUUUUCUUUGAAUUUUUAAACUCAACUAACUGUGAAGAAGCUCCAUAUUUUCUAAGUACAGGCUUGACAACAAGUUUUGCCCAUCUAACUGAGAAAAGUGCUGAGUGA